AUGGACGAUCCAGACAUCCCGCAGCUUUCUGUGGAGACGAAGAUACUGCUUCAGAAGCUGAAGAUAUGGGACAAGAUUGCAAAUGGAAAUCUGCACAACAUAACCCUUGCAGACGUGCAGGCAGUCUUCGACAUCCUGGAUCCUGGCGAGAAGGGCUAUAUUACCCGAAGCGAGUGCUUUGCUCUGACUCAAGUCCAAAAUGUCAAGGUCUCGCAGCAAUACUUGCAGGACCUGUGCGAGGACGCAGACAAGGACAACAGCGGCACGGUGUCCGCCGACGAAUUCUUGAAGGCGCUUACAACGGGCCAAGUGGCAUUCAACUUCCUGAAGGAAUCCUUGGGCAAGGGGCCAAAAGAGAUGAAGCAGAACGAAUGUGACCGAGCUGAUCUGCUGGCUUGGUUGAAGGAAGAGUAUGAGACCACAAGUGCACUUUACUCUAUGCCCACAGUCUUCUUCCUUCUGCUCUCCUACAUCUACUUCAUAACAACGCACGUUGAUACCACUAGCGCCUGGAGAACCGGCAACACGCUGUUCAACAACUUGGACACGCUGUGGAAAGCCACCAAGGUCGCCAACAGAAAAGGAGCCAUGCAGCAUAUGCAGUGGACCCUCGACCAAUGGGUGUCGAAGUAUUUUCGACAAGACUUGGUUUCGGAUCCCUUCCCGGGCAGGGUGGCAAUUUAUAACCAGGUCAUCGGUGGCCCGCGGCUGCACAAAGAGUUUUUACAGGAGGGCCCUUGUGCUGCGAGCGAGGACAACUCGUUUCUUUUCAACUCGUUGACGGGACGGUGUGAUCGACAUGGUGUCAAAACGGACGAGGACAUUGUGCUCCCAUACCAUUUGGACAGGACCCUGCAUGAGCGAACGAUCCGCAAUCUCACAGAAUCAUUUUGGUUUGACUACAAAACGGAGCUUGUAGAGUAUCAGACAAUCUUCUACAAUGCGCAGCUAAACUUAGUCACAUUCGAGCGCCUCCAGUGGAAUGCGCAGACCGACGGCUACAUACAGCUGUAUUUUCGAUUCGAGUCCUGGAUUGCAGAACCCUACAAGAACCCAUGGGCGGUGAUCCCUGACAUCCUGUUUGUGGCGCUCCUGCUCCGAAUUGCUCACGUUGAGGCAAAGGAGCUGCUGCCUGCAAUUGCUGGAGGCAUUGACGGGAUCCGCGACUACCUCGGAUUCUGGAACGUGGUGGACUGGCUGGCAAUCUUGACCGGCCUCUUCAACGUCGGUAUGUGGUUCUACGUCCUGGUUCAGAUGUCUGUUCGCCUUCCUGCUGCCAUCGCAGAGAUUCCGCAGGCCGCGCUGGAUGCCCGAGUCCUGCGGAACAUGACGUAUCUGGGCCUGGAGGAACUGGCAGAGGUUGUCGACCCGAGGGACCUCAAUGUCAACAUCAAUCGCAUGUUCGUUGUGGCCCGAGAAGUCUACGAUUGGCACUUGCUUUUGAGAGCGUGCUUCUUUGGUUACUUCUUCAUCUUGAUCUUAAAGUUCUUCAAGUCAUUCCAAGCAAACCCGCGUCUGGAUGUUGUGGUGCAAACCAUCGUUCAUUGCUCUGUGAAUGUGGCGCACUUUGCCAUCGUCUUCUUUGCCAUUUUUUGCAGCUACGCCUUCGCAGGGCAUUUUCUCCUGGGGCACAAGAUCAAGGGCUGGAGCACGAUGCUGGGGUCGCUGUUCAUGUGCUGGAGUUCCAGCUUGAAUGCCGAUAUGGUACAAGACUUCUCCAUCCCGGUCCAGGUCGUGUGCUUUGUGUGGACACUUACCUACCAGGUCCUGGUACAACAGGUCAUGCUGAAUAUGCUGUACUGCAUUGUUUUCGACUCCUACUACUCUAUCAAGGGAGCUUCGGGAAAGCCAUUGACUUUGUUUCAGCAGAUUAAAGGUGCAGCGGCAACUGCCCGCGAAACCCGAGGGUUUGUUGAAAUGUGGAUCUUGAUUGUGCAGUUGGAAGAUGAUGACUUCCCGGCCCACCCGGCAGAAGUGGUCACCGUCAGAUCGUUGAAACGCGCCUUUGAGCGCUAUGGCAUGUCGAGAAUCAAUGCUGAGUACCUGGUGAAGCAGACUGCAGACUCUGUCAAAGAGAGGACGCAGCAGGUUGACAUCACACUGUCCGAUGCCAUCAGGGUGACUGGGCACAUCCAGAACACCAUGCUUAAGAAUCUGGACUUGGCGGAAGAGUCUCUGGAAAUGAUAAAAACUGAAGCACGGAACAAAGAGGCGGCUGAGAAACAGCAGCAGCGUUCUGCCUUCGUGUCCAACAACAUGGCAGACAUGCCGGGCUUUGAUGCAAAGCAGGGCAUGACGAUGUCGGAGAGCCAGUGGCGCGUGUCGGACGAGGUUUGCGACGCCGUCGAAAUCACACUCCGCAACAUCUCCAGCAUGCUCGACGCGUGCCGCCAAGAGCAGACGGAUCUAGCCGGAGAUGUGAAUAAUGCUUUGCAGCAGAUCUGGCACGAAGAGGACAGGAGGUACAAGGAGCUGGAUAUCUUGCUCCACGACCUGGAGCAUGGGCUUCAGGCGGUCGAGCGCAGCAUCGGCUCCAUGGGGGUGUCCUUCAGCGGCACGAACUUCCAGCAGCUGGCUUCGGUGCCCGAGCGCCUGGAUGAUCCCGACCUCAUGCAGCUGCUGUGCUCGGGGGAGGAGAGGGGGGGCGCCUGCGUGGAGCGCCUGGACCGGAAGCUGAGUGACCUGAAGCAGCAGAUGCACGAGCUCAGCGGGAAGGCCAGCGACACCGCGGAGCUGCAGCAGCUCUUCUGGAAGGUGGAGAUCCUCCUGCGCAAGAUGAACGACGGCAAGGGCGUGAUCCCCAUGAAGUGCUUCAUCCGAGAGCAGCCGAAAGUCGAGAAGCAGGCCCGGCCGGUAUCCAGAGAAUCCGACUGA